AUGCCAUCUUAGCCCCAGCUACAAACGCCUGGAGCUGACUGUGGCCGGAUUAAUAGCGACACAAUCCUCUUUCUACGUUGGGAUUUCGACUUGACGACACAAAUGGGAGAUCUUCCCCUCGCCUCGAGCCCGGACGCCCGACCCAGCGACCAGAGUCAACAGAAGACCGAGGAUGCAGAGGGUGAAACGCCAAGUCACGACGAACAACGGAUAGCCCUCGGGCAUGGGCCUCCUCAGCCUCACCACUACCCCCCAGGACUCCCUUACGCAUUUACGCCUCAGUUUGAUAUGUCUCAGGCUCCUUCAGUACACCGUCCAGGGCCUUACAACAUGGGGCAGAUGACCAACUCACCUCCCCAUGUUGCCUAUCGCCCUGGACAGUAUCAUCAUGUCAAUCAACAGCCGCAGCAGCGCUACCACCUAUCGAACUCUCCGUCCAUGAUGCAGCAUAUGCCCCAGUUCAUGGGACACCAGACGGUUCAAAUGUCUGGUCAAGGAUACUAUGUCCAGCAGCCACACAUGGGCCAGUAUUAUGAAGGCCAUCAUCUGCCACAACACCAACCCGGCCCAGCAAUCCCUCCGAGACAGGCCAUGGCAUACUACCCCAACCAAAUGAUGAUGAACCAGCAGUCAUCAGCCUAUUAUUAUCCUCCGACCCAAUACAUACAUUCUACCCAUGCAAUGCCGAAUACAAUGAUGCCCAGCCAGUUUAUGCACCCAGCUCCCGCCACGAACGAUACUCGAGCCACGUUUCAGUCGACACCAAACAGUGGCGUUCAUUCUCCUCCCCCGAAUCAGGGGCACGGUAGGCUUUGGAAGCAGCCUCUGGUAAAACCCGAGCUAAGCCAUGGCCCAGACGGGACCGAGAGGCGGCAAAGCGCGGUGCGAGGACCGCCGCGGAAGCCACGCCAGAGUGGCCAUGCAAUCUGGGUCGGGAACCUUCCUCCGCAAACCGACCUAAUGAGCCUCGUUCACCAUAUCUGCCAGGAAGCAUCAGGAUUGGAGUCGCUGUUCCUUAUUUCGAAGAGUAACUGUGCAUUCGCCAACUUCAAGGAUGAGGACACAUGUAUGGCGGCGCAACAGAAGCUGCACGAUUCCAAGUUUCAAUCCGUUCGUCUUGUCAGUCGACUUCGAAAGAGCACUGUGGAAGGGGCAACUGGAGUGACGGCCCCGACGGGUCCUGCCGUUGUCAUGAAUCUGGCCUCGAAGAACGAACAGUCCCUGGAUCCUCUUCCCUCAGAUGUCGGAAGUUCUAGUCCGGCCGUGGAACAAGUCACGCAACUCCAGCCAAGUCCGCUAGGAGAAGUCGAAACAGCACAGAAGGAUAAAUUCUUUAUUUUAAAGAGCUUGACUGUGGAGGACCUGGAGCUCAGUGUUCGCACAGGAAUUUGGGCAACCCAAUCUCACAACGAAGAAUCAUUGAACAACGCGUUCAAGACAGCCGACAACGUAUACCUCGUCUUCUCCGCCAAUAAAUCGGGCGAAUAUUUUGGCUACGCACGCAUGACGUCACAGAUCAAUGAAGAUCCUGCGGCAGCUAUUGAAUUCGCACCAAAGACUGCGUCGACAAGCGAUCUCGAUCUACCGAAAGCGAUACCAACCGAGCCAACCGAGCAUGCACCCAAAGGGAGGAUCAUUGAUGACUCCGCGAGAGGAACCAUAUUCUGGGAAGCAGAGCGGGAUGAGUCUGAUAAUCUAUCUGACACUGAGAGCAUCUCUAGUGACAAGAGCGCUGGUGGUGAAGAGGAGGCGACCAAGACUUGGGGAAAACCAUUCAAGCUUGAGUGGCUCUCAACAACCCAGUUGCCAUUUUACCGAACAAGAGGACUGCGAAACCCGUGGAAUUCGAAUCGGGAGGUCAAGAUUGCCCGUGAUGGUACUGAAAUAGAGCCAUCGGUUGGGCGUAGAUUGAUUGGACUAUUCAACCGGGUUCAGAGCCCAGGUCCGGCUACGACUGGCAUGCAGGUUCCAAUGGCAGUGAUGCCCAACUUCCCACACAUGCGAUCUUACGGACAAUGACGAACUUCAUGGAUGGACGAUUAGGGCAUUCUAUAGGUGCUGACGAUGGAAUUCGUCUUGGACAUUCCCUUCCAAGAGUUGCUAAUUCAAAGACCCGG